AUGAGCAAAUCCGGUGGUGCGAUCCUCUUUCAUCUUGGUGCACUUUCAAAAUGGGCGUUGCAGACGAACGAACGUCAACAGCUUCUUCCUGUUGUCUGCGAGAAUCCCACCAGCAACGCAGCGCACUACGAUUCUGCCUUUAAACCAGCCCCUAUCGCGUCACCAAGCUCCGCUUCCAGCCAACUGGAAAAUGGUGCAUUACGCGUUGGUGCACCACCGCGAUUGCUGUCCAGUGAGGUGUUGGGACUGCUGGCACAGUACGCUGGUAUCGGCUUCGUCAGUGGGGUACUGCCCGCUGUGAUCUACCCGCUAAUGCAAGGCUACCUCAACGCUGAAGGAACUACCGUGGUGUCCGCCAAUGUGCUGGUUCAUCUCCCGUGGUCGUACAAGGUUUUCUUCGGCAUCUUGAGUGACUGCUUCCUGGUCGCAGGUUAUCGUCGUCGACCGUACAUGGUGCUUGGGUGGGCUCUCUGCUGCUGCAUGUUGUUCAGGAUGGCAAGCUUCCCCGGCACCGCGCCAUAUUAUGGAGACCCAGCGAUGCACUCGGUCAGACCCGAGCAACGGACCGAGUCUCAGCGAGAAAGUAUCAACCACGGUGCGCCUGAUGCAGCAGGUCAGUAUGUACUUCCGAUGACGCUAGCAGCCUUCGGGUAUCUGCUCGCUGAGGUACCAGCCGAUGCUGUUGUCGUGGAGUAUGCACAGCGAGAACCGACGACGACACGUGGGCGUCUGCAGAGCUGCGUCCACAGCGUGCGGAUGAGUUUCCACGCUCUAGGUGCCUUCGUGGUUGCAGUGGCUUUCAACGGAAUCGAGUACGGCGGGUCCUUCGAAUACUCGCUGUCAUUUUCGCAGAUGAUGUUCAUGCUCGGAUGCUUGAGUGUUCCGCUUGCGCCUGCUGCGCGGUAUUUUUUCCGUGAGGAACGGGUCCAGCCACCCAAGUUCAGUGUCUACAUCUCCCGGUUUUGGCAAAUUCUCCAGCAGCGCGCCGUCUGCCAGCUUGCAGCGUACGAUUUCCUCUCCGGUGUCUUCAACAACUUCAAUCCAGUGGCGUUUAGCAACAUCAAGCUCUACUGGGUGCAUGCCACGCCCUUCAAUGCGAGCAUCAUGGCCAUCAUUGGGACUUUCGUGUACACUGGAACCCUCGGAGUUAUGGCACAGGCCGGUCUCAACUGGAAUUGGCGAGUUGCGAUCGCCGUUACGGUCUUGUUCGGCAUUCUCACCGACUUAAUCAUGACGAUGCUGGUCACUUGGGACAUCAAUCGUAGCCAGUGGCUAUGGCUCGGCGCGCCGAUCAUCGUGUACAUCCCUCAUGCCGUGCAGUUCAUCGUCGACAACUAUGUGAUCGUUGAACUCGUCGAGUUCGGCUCCGAAGGCGCGCUGUUCGGACUUUUGUCAACCACGUCACAUGUGGCCGCUCCGUUCGGCCGCACCGCUGCCAAGCUCAUCAACGCUCAGUUCCACGUCUGGAAACACGACAUCCAGGCGGACUCGUACACGAGUCGCCGGGACGUGACUAUCACCAUCCUGAUCUGCUACGGCAUGAAGUUGCUCUCUCUGGUGUUCUUGCCCCUACUGCCGGCUCAGAAGGCUGCUACGCAAGAGCUGCGUCGAAAUGGAGGUGUGCACCGGCGAAUGGGUCUCUGCAUGGUCGGCGUUCUGCUGUCGGCAUUGGCCUGGUCCACGACAGUCAACUUGCUGAGUAUGAACCCGCACACCAAGUGCUGGUCCAUCACGGGAGGGUGUGCUCCCAAACAUUGA